CAUGGUGCGACGCGAAAUGGUUGUUUAUAUGCGAGCAAAGGGAGAGCGUGAAUCUUAGGGGAGAUUUUAUCCGUUCUGGCUGGCGGUGGUCUGGAAACCGUACACGCAAACACAAAUCGGCCGUCUCUGGUGCAAUUGAUACGGGCAUGGCACGGUACGGCAGGGUUGACUUCUGAAAGUUGUUCCAUAGGGGUGGAAGAAUUUCCGCGAGUGAUUGUGUGAGUGGAUAAAGUCCUGCUGAGCUUGCACACAGGGAAAGUAAUGAAUCGUACGGGUUGGAGAUGUAUUGCGCUGCGAAGGAUGUCAUAGGGAUGCGCCGCUGAUAAAGACGCGCGAGGGAGUGAGCGAGCGAGCGAGAGUGAAUCGCACUAGAUAGAGGAGUAGCAAAGAACAACAACAUUACUCAUUUGGGCCCAUCGUCGCAAUGAUUGAAUUUAUCAAGUGGCAUAUGGGGAGUGAGCGGUUGGCUGGUUGAUUGGAUGGCUGAAUGAAUUGGAAAUGGAAGCAGGCAAACAGUAUCACAUCGAACUCUGCUAGAGGCGUACACACAGCGGGCGAGUGCUUUGUCUAGUUUCCGUGUUUACAGUGCAGAAGUAGCACUUCGUGGCGGCGGUUCGCGAUUUUUAUGUGGUAUUUGCUCGCUCCGUCGAUGGAACGAGAUUUGUGCAACCGGGAGUGACUUUGUGAUUUAAUGUGAUUUUAGCGUUUAACGAGGUCACAGGUGGGCGAUAAUUAUUCUGCCGUUAAGUGGUGCAUUGCCGCGACGUAACAUGGACUGUUUUGGAAAAUUAGUCAAAAGCGGCUGAAGACAAAGAAGUUUUACGCCUGGAAGCUAAUUUAAUGAUUGAGAUCUAGUAAUACAAAAAACAACAAAUCAAAAUGAUGGAAAUUAGCGAAGUACCGCAGCAACAGCAGCAGCAGCAAUCGCAGUUGCCGUUGGAUUUUAGUGUCACCAUGGUUAACAUCAAGCUGAACAACUUGAACGUGAACUUAAACACAAAUAACAAUAGUAUAAGCAUACUAAAUAACAACAAUCCUCCAAACCAUGGUGGUCUGGCGAAUAGCAGCACCGGAAGUGGUCAACGGGAUGCGAUGGGAUCCCUGUUAGCUGCCCAUCAUCACCAUCAGCAGCAGCAGCAGCAGCAACAGCAGAAUGGUAGUGGAAAUUGUAAUAGCAGUAGUGCUGCCCUAACUAGUGCUUUCAAAGUGGUGAUGCCUCGAGGGAAAGCCGACGUAGCUGCCAACGGACUGUCGCCGCUGCUGAUCAACAACGAACUGUUGGUGAACCAUUACCGACGAUUGUUGCAUCCGGCGGCAGUUUCACGACUUCCCAAUGGAACCAACUCUACCACCUCCGGAUACGAUGAUUGUGUCGACGUACAAAAAGUUAACCGUGAUGAAAUCAAAUUCGGCAUCAGCCGGUUGGUCAAGAACGAAUCGGAGGACGAGGACAAUAAUAAUGUGUACCACCAGCAGAAUCACGUGACGAAUGCCUCCUCAAAUGGAUACGAUUCGAGCAGUCUCAGCGUGCGGUCUCGAUCGCGUAGCAGGUCAAGGUCCCGGGAUCGUUCCACCAGGUCCAGGUCUUCGUCGAUAGAGCUGGAAGUGGAUUCGCCACCUCCUCCGCGGAUCAGCAGUAUGUCACCAACGACAGAAAUUCCUCAUAUACCGAAAAAUUCGGAAGCGUUCUCGGUGUCGGCUCUGCUGAAGCGCGAGGAUGAACCCAAAUCUAAGUCGCCUUUGUCGAAUGGCUCAUUUGAGUGCGUGAGACCAAAUUACAGUCAGUUCUACGAGCAAAGCCUGCUAAAUCGACCACUAUUUCACCCGUUCCCGUUCUUCGCAAUGCUUCAGCAGCAAGGUCACCAAUUGAAUCCCGCCUUAAGCAACUAUCACGCUUCGACACCGGAAGACAUCCUCCGAUUGCGACAUUUCAUGGCUCAGAAUGCGGUGGCCGUGGCCGGUGGAGCAGGUGGUGGUGGUGGUGGUGGAGCGAAUGGACCGACCGUAGCCCAUCUGGAUUUUGGCCAUCCACAUCAUCCCCAUCACCUGCUAAUGCGACCAGAAGUGCACGCGCGGAGAACGCACAACGGCAAACGACCAUACGCCUGUGAGCUGUGCAACAAGACCUUCGGCCACGAGAUUAGUUUAAGUCAACAUAGAGCUGUGCAUAGUGUAGAGAAGGUAUUUGAGUGCAAGCAGUGCGGGAAGGCGUUCAAACGAUCCAGCACCUUGUCGACACACCUGUUGAUCCACAGUGAUACCCGCCCGUAUCCGUGUGGAUUCUGUGGGAAACGUUUCCACCAGAAGAGCGACAUGAAGAAGCACACUUACAUCCAUACCGGCGAAAAACCCCACAAAUGCCAGGUAUGCGGCAAAGCGUUCAGCCAAAGCUCGAAUCUGAUAACCCACUCGCGGAAGCACACCGGCUACAAACCGUUCCAGUGCGAGCUGUGCCACAAAGCAUUCCAGCGCAAGGUGGACCUGCGGCGCCACAAGGAAACCCAGCACACCGAGCUUCGGCCGAUGGUCAACUAACCGAAGGCCCUACCGGAAUUCACCCUUUGCUCGCCGGCGCUGAUUGGAGUUCCCGGUGGCGGGGUGGCUCCUCCCAGUAGCAGUGGUGCUGGCAGUGUUGGCGCCAUACUGCUUCCGGGGACCAUCAGUACCGAUGGUGAAUUCAUCGUGAUUGACUGAAAAAUCAAAAGACGGGAUGACACGGUGUAUCGAGUAUAUCAGUUAUUAUAGUUUAGAGUGUAGACCAAAUCCUACGUAUGUGUUGAAUGUAUAAUAUUGUACAAAGUGUAGACUAGCAGACUAGAAGAAUGUUUGGAGAUAUACUUUCUCUUUGUUAAAUUUACUUUUAGUUGUAAAAAUUUCCAUUAACCGUACUGUUUACUAGUAGCUAGGUAGUUUUAAUUGUCUCAAUUUCAAACCAAAUAGUAGUCUUCUCAAGGCCGAGUUUGUGAAAUUGGAAGCUAAAUCCUCGCUAUGUAAACCAGCAUCGAACCAAUAAACCUUCCCUAAGCUGUGCACUGCAUAAACUCCGGCCAAACUCGGUUAUGUUUGUAAAGGUCAACUACAAAAUUCUACGAUAAUUGUAACAAAUCUCUGAGAAACGGAUGACAGUGGAAAAAUAAACCUUAAUGUGCAAUUCUCAUAAAGUCAAAAUA